AUGGCCUGGCAGCCAAACAUCACCUCAAUGGCCAAGCAGAACAAAUCGUCAAUGCACGUCGAAUACGGUUACCUUAUUAAUGAAUUAGAACAAUACAUGCCACAAUUCAAAGCGACUAUCAAAGAUCUACAAGAGCCUUCUCAAUCGUUUGUUACGAAUUUCUACACGGAUGUGUUCAACGAAUUUUUCUGCGAUGUGAAUAAUUUGAUCGAGAUCCAUAUCAAUCAAAAUCUUACGUACCAUGAAAUGUACAGUGAAACCGUGCCAAUAUUGAACAUGUGCACAGCUUUGAAAUAUAUCUACUCGAAAUUGGGAAUUGAUGAUUUUGGUUUGAAUGAUAUUUGUGAUCCGAGUUCCAAAAGGACGUAUCGUUUGCUGCAAACAAUGAUAAACUUCAUUAAAUAUAGUGAUGAAAAAAUACAUGAAGUUGAUGCUAAAAUGAAAGCUGUUAGAAAUAUGAAAGAUACAAUUGAUAGUUUUAAGAAGCAAAAAGAUAUUAUUGUGAAUACAAUUAAUAAAAAGUCUUUAGACCGUAUACAACGAGGAGCUGAAAUAAAAACUGUUGCCGAAGAAGUGAAAGAUGGGAAGUCUGAAUUGGCAAAAAUUCAAAAACAUCGAGAUGAUGUACUUAAAGAAUUAGAGAAAGUGAAACAAGAUCAAGAAGAUAUUGAGAAAAAAUGCUCAAAGUUGUGUGAACUAAAAGAUAAUAUCAUAAGAGAUAUAAAUGAUCUUAGAGCACAAAUUGUUGAGGCACCAGAUUUAUUAAAAGCUGAUCAUGAACGUCUAAAAAGAUUGAAAAAUGAAAUAACAGAAAAGAAAUCUGCAAUGAUGGCUCAAGUUAGUGCUAAAAAACAAACUGUCAUAAUUCUGGAACAAGAACUAGCAGCACAAGAAAAACGAUUACGUUUGUUAACAGAUAUUACUGAAAAAAAUGAAAGACUUUCUAAAUUAAUUAAUGGAAUUGAAACAUUGUCACAAACAAAAUGUGAAUUAGAAGAGUCUUCUGAAAAUUUGAAGGAAAGGAUUGAAAUUCUGGAACGUGAACGAGCUGAAAUAAAUAACAAAAUAAAUAAUUCUGUUAAAGAAAUGGAGAGGGAACGCAAUUCAUACAAGUCUAAAUCUGAUGCAUUAAAUAAAGAAAUUGACAGUAUGAUAAAACAAUCCAGUUAUCAAUCCGAAACUAUAAAGUCGUUAGAAUUUGAGAUUAACAAAUAUAAUUUGUAUAAGAGUAAAUUGGAAAUGGAUGUAAUUACUAUUAUGAAAGAUUUUGAAUUAGCAAAGAAUGCCUUAAACGAAUUACAAAAUAAUUUCCACCUGGAAACUAUUAAAAAUCUUAUGCCCGAUAUGCAGAAUGAACAUUAG